AUGGAACCAGAGCCGACCACUGCCGCUCUCCUUGAGGCUAUCACAGCCCUCACUGCCACCGUCGGGUCCUUGCAGGCCCAAAUCACAUCCCAAGGCCAACAGCUCAUUGAGCUUAAAGCCAUAUGCAAGGAAACCGCCGACCUCCUUGGGGACAAAGACCAAGGAGCCCCACAAGCCCAGCCUGGCCCAUUGACUGGGCCUGUCACUCCUCCCACCCACUUGGGAGGAGAAACCCACACUCCAGGUACGGUUAGGCCUGGACUCAAGGCCCCAUUCCGGCCUUCAAGAGGGACAGGCUUUGAUUCCAAAGACAAGGAAGAACCCAGGCGGCCCAAAAAGGAGCCUCAAGGAACGCCUAGGAGGCAUCUAGGGUCCCUAACCCCCUUUGACGCAGGGUCCAGCGUAAAGCGACCCAAAAUGGACCUCCCUGAACCUUAUAAAGGCAAUACCAGGGGACGCAAGGCCACGCAAUGGCUGGAUUGA